UUUCGAUGAAUUUGGCUAUAGAUUUUGAAAACAGAGGUUUCAAUGGGGCAAUUUGUACCUCAUAUAGCUUCUGGUUUUGUAUUCACUCUUCUUGGCCUUUGGCAUACUCUGAAUACAAUCAAAGCCUACAAUCUUGGAUGCGGUUCGAACUUUAAAGUAAGAUUUUGGUACCCUCUCGAUCGGCCCCAUUCCAAUCUCAAGUACUUAGAGCUCAUUCUCGUGUUCUCUUUUUCGGUCAUUGGAAUUUUCGGACAAUUUUGGGACUACCCUUUCAUUCAUUUGUCUUUCAAUGUCAUCAACUUGGAGCAUGCAACGAUGUUCCUGCACCUUGCCGUAUUUUCGGGGUUUGCCCUCUACAAUGAGCUGAAUCAUUCGUCGAACUUAUUGUCUGGGGUCGAGGGUGUCUUUGCAGCAUGUGUGUUCAGUCAAGAACUGUUCUUGUCUGGGGUCGAGGGUGUCUUUGCAGCAUGUGUGUUCAGUCAAGAACUGUUCUUGCUCCAUUUCCACUCGGCUGAUCACAAUGGCAUUGAAGGCCAUUACCAUUGGCUCUUGCAGCUCAUUGUGUUUGCAUCGCUCGUGUCGGUAAUAGUAGCUGCUUGUUGUCCUACCUGCUUUCCAGCAGCCAUUGUUCUUUCGUUAUUGGUUGUUUUGCAAGGGUGUUGGUUCAUGAACAUGGGGUUCAUGCUAUGGGUUCCAAACUUGGUUCCUAAGGGCUGCAGCAUGAGGAUCGUGGAGAACGGUAAAGACGAAAUGCUCGGAGCAGUGAUUUGUGCCUCCAAGGAAGCUGAUAUGAGGGCACGAGCGCUCGCUAACCUGCAAUUCAGUUGGAUACUAGCAGGGAUUCUCAUAUUUACUGGAUUUAUAAGCCUCAAAUGUACAAAAUCUGAUACUUGCACCCCAAAGAUCCAGCUAUCGGACUACGAGCAGCUUUGAGAAGCGUGAAAGAUGUCGAGAAUGGUCAUGAAUGAGGUGAAUCAAUUGGUCAAAACGGUCGAGACAAUAUCCUAUAAAGACUAAAAAGGCUGUGAUAUCGCCGAUGUUAAAACCAAGAAUCAGAAUAAAUACAUCUAGAACUUUAUUGUAUGUUUUGCAGACUGAAACUUGCUACUGAAGCUGAUUUCCGGGAUGAACCCGAUUCAGUAAGAAUCACACAUGAAGAACUGAUCCAAUCCUGCAGAUGCGAGCGUUAUCGAAACCCGAUUCCGAAGAAAAAAUCCUUCCCUUUAAGGCCCUACUUUUCAUCUCUUUUACUGUUCGAUAUUCUAGCAUUUAUGGUAUGAAAGAACUUUUUUUUACUGAUUC